AUGAAAUCCCACCCCCAAGCACCGAGGUCCGAAGCCGCAAAACUAGGGACCCAACGGGACCUACACGCAGCGGCGGCUCCUGGGAACCUACGCCCUUGCCGGGCAAAGCUUCGGGACCCCAGGUGGCCCCGCCACGCUCCCGCCCCUCCCGUGUCCCGGUCCCUCACCCCGCGGGAGGGGAAAACAAGCUGCCCUCCACCCCGAACCCCAAGCCAGGAAGCGGCUGACGCGGCUCCGCACUUCACAUUUUGUUCCUUCAACUUCGGCUCAGGAACCCCGAAGGCUUCUCUCGCCCCCGGCCACUCGGCGCAGUCCGGUGCCGCCGAGGCCUUAUCGGCACCUCCAGGCAGCCCCGCCGGGCCUCAGUCCUGCGCCCCCCCUCUCCGGUCUCCCCUUCCGUCCCCUCCCUCCCCAGCCGAGGGCGGGAGCCGAGCCGCCGCCGCCUUUACCUCCUCCUCAUGCGGGCGGAAGGUGCAUCGAGCGCCCGGGCCUCUGUCAGGUGGUUGCGGCGCCGCCGCCCCUCUCCGGGCUGCACACAAAGCGGCUCCGCGGGUCCCGCCGCCGCCGCCGCCCGCCCCGGAGCGGCGCUGGGGCUGGCGGUGCCGAGGAGGAGCAGUCGCCGCGGGGGGAGACGCGGGGCGAAGGAAGAGCAGCCUCGGAGAAGGCUCCUCCGGGAGCGUGUGCGCGUGUGUCCGCCCCGGACCCCGGCUGCCCGCCCGCCAGCACCUCGCGCCGGCCGGGUCCGCCGACCCGGACCCGGACGCCCCUAGCAGCGGCGCGCGCGCGGCCGUCCGUACUCCCGGCAGCCGGCGCCUCUCGCACACACCGCCGGGUCACGCGAGCGGUGCGAGAGCACGCGAGAGCAGGGAGCGCGCCUCGCUCCCGCCCCUUCCUCCGCCGGCCUUGCCUCCGCCUCCCUCGGGCCUCAAGCGGCGGCGCGCGGGGCAAACAGCGCCGCCACCCGGUUGGCGCCAACACCUGCCGCACCGAGCGCCUUCGAGAGGACCGGACCCAAAAGCUGCAGCAUUCACACUUCCUCCUCAAGGAGUCAGGGAGAUUAUUUUGGCAACAAAUAUUGCAGAGACAGGUAUCACUAUUCUAGAUGUUGUAUUUGUAAUUGAUACUGGAAGAACGAAAGAAAAUAAGUAUCAUGAGAGCAGUCAGAUGAGUUCUUUGGUUGAGACAUUUGUCAGCAAAGCCAGUGCUCUGCAGUGCCAGGGGAGAGCUGGGCAGGUCAGAGAUGGCUUCUGUUCCUGCAUAUACACAAGAGAAAGAUUUGAAGGCUUUAUGGACUAUUCUGUCCCUGAAAUCUUGUGCGUGCCUUUGGAGGAAUUAUGUCUUCAUAUUAUGAAAUACAAUCUUGGUUCUCCUGAAGAUUUCCUCUCCAAAGCUUUAGAUCCUCCUCAACUUCAAGUAAUCAGCAAUGCAAUGAAUUUACUCCGAAAAAUUGGAGCUUGUGAACUAAAUGAGCCUAAACUGACUCCACUGGGCCACCACUUUGCAGCUCUGCCUGUGAAUGUUAAGAUUGGCAAGAUGUUUAUUUUUGGCGCCAUUUUUGGCUGCUAGGAUCCAGUGGCAACAUUAGCUGCAGUUAUGUCAGAGAAGUCUCCUUUUACCACACCAAUUGGUCGAAAAGAUGAAGCAGAUCUUGCAAAAUCAGCCUUGGCCAUGGCAGAUUCAGAUCAUUUGACGAUCUACAAUGCAUACUUGGGAUGGAUAAAAGCACGGCAGGAAGGAGGCUAUCGUUCUGAAAUAGCAUAUUGCCAGAAGAACUUUUUAAAUAGAACAUCACUGUUAACCCUAGAGGAUGUAAAGCAGGAGUUAAUCAAGUUGGUUAAAGCAGCAGGAUUUUUAUCAUCUACAACUGCUAAUAGCUUUGAAGGAAACAGAGCCACACAGAAAUUUUCCUUCCAAGAAAUUGCCCUUCUUAAAGCUGCACUUACUGCUGGACUGUAUGACAACGUAGGGAAGACAAUCUAUACAAAAUCAGUUGAUAUUACAGAAAAAUUGGCUUGCAUUGUGGAGACAGCCCAAGGGAAAACACAAAUACAUCCAUCCUCAGUAAAUCGAGAUUUGCAGAUUUAUGGAUGGCUUUUAUACCAGGAGAAGAUACGAUAUGCCCGAGUGUAUUUGAGGGAAACUACCCUAAUAACCCCUUUUCCAGUUUUACCUUUUGGAGGUGAUAUAGAAGUUCAGCACUGGGAACGCCUUAUCUCUGUUGAUGGCUGGAUCUAUUUUCAGGCACCUGUUAAGAUAGCUGUCAUUUUCAAGCAGCUACGAGUUCUCAUUGAUUCUGUUUUAAGAAAAAAACUUGAAAACCCUAAGAUGUUUCUUGAAAAUGACAAGAUUCUCCAGAUCAUUACUGAAUUGGUAAAAACAGAGAAUAAUUAUUGA